UCACUGUUACUCUUUCGGUCUUUCUUCCAUUUCCCCAAAUGCAAUUCAUUGACUGAACAAUUUUAAAACCCUGAUUAUAUUGUUACUAUUAAUCCUAUCAAUUUUGAACCGUCAAAUUCCGUCAAUCCCUAAUUGAGUCAUUUCCAAUGGAAAUCACAUUAAUUUCCGAUAAUAACAUAACAGUCGACACAGACCACUUCCAUAACUUUACGUUCACAACUUCCAUCACGCGCCGCCGCAACUUUACACUCUCUUCACACACUCACCACCACCGCCACGAAAUCCGGUCCCAAUUGUUACCGAUCGACGCCAUCGCUCCACCGCCGGUGAAACCUACCACCAUACCUAAGUCACGCACCGGAAAACGUUCUCGCGUUAGACGGAAACGAAAAACCGACGGUUUUGGCGCCGGUGAAAGCGGUGACAUCGGUGGAGGUUUCUUCGGUGGCGGCGGCGGUAACGGUGACGGUCCAUUUGGCGGUGGCGGUAAUUUUGGUUGGGAGGAGUCGCCGUCGCCGGGUGAUCCGGCUUUCGAUUUCAUUUACGAGGCGUUGACCUGGUUCGUGUUGUCGAAUUGUAUGUAUUUUGCGUUUAAGCGCGUGGUUAGGAUAGUUAUUGAUGGAAGUGGUGAUCGGAGGCUUAGAUAACACGAAAAAAACGUGUUAGCUCGGAAAGUCGAGCUUUGCCUCAGAUAUACGCGGCCUAACUGGUAUUCUCGUGGCCGAGGGGACUUUUUAGAUGAUGCAAUGCACGUUACGAUGUAACUUUUAUAUCGUUAAAGAUGUAUAUAAUUUGCUUUGAUUAUGUUUUUAGGUACUCAUUGUGUUCUUAUUUAUGCCAAAUGUAUGUAUAUAAUUCAGCCAUUUACAAGUUUUUUAUUAA